UAUAAAGGGGUUGUUUGGGUGUUUCAAACCCCCAGAUUCUAGUUGCACAGUAUCAUCCAACAAACGUACGGCUCAUCCAGACGAUUGGUUUCCACCAGAAUUAGCCAGUAGUAGCAUGCCUCUCGUGACGCCGAGCCAACGGCCGACAAACGCUCUGCUCUCAAUAAUAAUUGGAGGGACAAGGUUAGCAAGGGAGAGAGCACAAUAGCACGUUUCGAAUAACACUUCCACUAGAAACACACACCCCGGUUUUUCGAGUAGACAAGCGUCAUGCCACCACCACCACCCCUUUGGUGAGUGGUAAGCAUUACCUGCUAUUUUGAGUAGGGAUCGAAAGAUGCCGAAAUAGGAAGGAAUCUGGAAACGGACCUUAAUGAACUAAACCCAAGGGAUUAUAGUUAUGCGGCGUAAUUAUAUGAACAUCAUAGCGGUGGCACGGAGCUGCUAUAUAAUGAUCGGGCGCUCGUGAUAUGUUCACCUGGCUGUUGUUCGAUAUACUCAAGAAACACAUGUGAUGAGAGUUAUAUAGAUAGACCUUCCUUUCCUUUUGUUUGUAUCCUCACGUUUUCUCUUCUCAGUUCAGAUCUCGCCUUCGCUGUACAUUAUCUUGGAUGCUAGUCAUUUGAAACUGCAAACCAUGCCUUCAUUUCGAACACUUCUUUCCACCGCCACGGCGCUGUCGCUAGCAGCCACUACACAGGGCCGGCCCCUAGAAGCAGCAGCAGCAGCAGCAGACUGCAACUGCUACAAGGCAUCGGCGGACUCGAACGCCUACUUUGCGAACCGCAAGUUCUUCGACUUCCGGAACAUCGCGAACCCCGUGACGACGGCGCCGAUCAACGGUCGGGUGGCGGAUGCCGCAGCCGCUAACACACACGAGUACUUCUCGAGCGCGGAGUGGACGGACACCUUCUCGCUACAGAAGUGGGAGACAACCGGCGAGGGCGUGUACCGUGUUAACUCGUACAACAACGUGUUGAUCGCGCCGUCAGACGGCCAGGACGAGGGCGUCUCGUCGUACUUGACGAUGCGCACACAGCGACAGGCUGAUUACCAGUCCACGGCCGAGGUCGAGACUAUUAGCUCCGACUAUCAGUUUCUGACGGUGCGGAUGCUGGCCCGGACGCGCGGAUCGCCGGGUGCCGUGACGGCGCUGUUCACUUACAAGGGUGAACCGGUAGAGGAGGGUGACAUCGAGAUCCGCACGACAACGGCGACCAACGUUGUGCAAUACACCAACCAGCCCGGUUCAAGCGAGGGCGCGACCACCAUUGUCGAACUGCCGACGCCCUGGACGGAGUGGCAGGAGCACCGGUAUGACUGGACCCCCGGCUCGAGCGACUGGUACGUCGACGGCCAAAAGGUCGCGUCCAUCCAGCUGCAGGCUCCGACGUCCCCCCUCAGCGUCCUCAUGAACGUUUGGAGCGACGGAGGCGUGUGGAGUGGCGUCAUGGAUGUUGGUGGUGCUGCCGAGAUGCAGGUUCAGUGGCUCGACCUCACUUACAACAGCACCUCGCAGCCCGGUACCUCUUGCGCGAAUGUGUGCGUCAUCGACGAUCUGAUCUAAUCUGGUGUGAUCUGACUUCUUGCAUGUCAAUAUUUCUCUAUUAGGAGCCUGGUGGCGGGUUGAUUCUCUACGGCCGGUAAAAUGUAUAUAUAUAUUCUAUUCGAUGUUUCAUGUACCUAUAUACGUCAAUCUAUAUUAGCAAAUCUGGUUAUCUUCA